UGUACAUUUAUUCCUUCCAUUUAUUUCCAUAUUUGCCAUUUUAAUUUUGUGAUGCUAGAUUAGCUGCUCAGUGACUUUACAGUAACUGGUUAUUUGAUAAUGGCUCCUAGCUGAUUAGAGUGUAACUAAUUGUGUGUUGUUUUCAGACUCUGCUGGACAGUUUCUGUGGCCACAGCUUUGACCUUCUAUGAAUACUCCACUGUACUGCAAGCCUUGUUCCUGACCUGUGCCGUGUUUGCUGGACUUACAGCCUACACCUUCCAGUCCAAGAGAGACUUCAGCAAAAUGGGAGCAGGGCUGUUCGCCUGCCUGUGGAUCCUCAUCAUUGCAAGCUUCAUGAGGUUCUUCUUCAACAGUGACAGCACAGAGCUGAUCAUGUCUGGAGCUGGGGCUCUGAUCUUCUGCGGUUUCAUCAUCUACGACACCAACCUGCUGAUGAAGCAGCUCUCCCCCGAGGAGCACAUUUUAGCCUCCAUCAACCUCUACCUGGACAUCGUCAACCUCUUCCUGCACAUCCUGCGUCUCCUUGACUCGAUGAAGAAGCACUGAAGGCUGCAGUACCACUUCAGACUGCUUCACUCGGCUAUUAUCUAUUGUUGUUAACCCUAACAGCCUCACUGGAACCCCUCAGAUAUGACUGUCAUUACCCUGCAUUCAUGCGAGUGUUACCAUCCUGACGUUCACAAACAUGAGAUUUUAGAGGGGACUCUUCAUUCUGUGCUUGGGGAACUCUCUUUACAGGCAGCUGCACUAAGUGCUUCUGUUUACUUUACCCAUACUUUUUGUAGCUGAUUGCACUUUUGUAUUAAAUGAAGUCAAUCUAUAAGUUUUGAUUAUUCUGAAAUGAAAAUGUACUCAUUAUAAUUAGGUGACAGCCAGUCAGUUAAGGGGACAUUACAUGAUUUGAUAUAGGGCACACUAGCAUCCCUACCCGGCCCAAUUGCAGCUCUCCUUGUUUUUGACCCCAGAUAGACACUUUGUGAUGUGAGGCACUAGUGGAUGCUGUAACAAUUGUAGUGUGUGCAUUUUUCUUCCCAACAGUAUCUCUCAGUGGUGAUUCAGAUCUAUCAUUCCACUCAUUUAUUCUGUUAUUUAUUGUUUAUGUUUUCAAUCUUGUCAGAAAUGAGUUUAUUCCACCAGUGCACUGCAGCCCUCUCAUGUGCCACAUCUGUUAAUGAUGUACAAUAGCAAGAAAAAUUAAUUUGCAUGCCUGGGAUUUUUAAUAUCUGUGAUUGUAUAUAUGUUUAUGGUGUAAAUGUAACAGUGACAGUUUUUGGGAUCAAGAACUGAAACCCUGAAACAUGAGGUAAGCCUAAAUAUGUGAUUCGUCUGAUUCAUCUGCAUCAGGAUAUGUUAAAUGAGAUGAAGGCGUUAGCUUCAACUGUUAAUUAACUAAAUGAAUUAUUAAUAAAAAGACCACGUGCAAUGUUUUUCAUUUUUAAACAGUUGUGCGUGAAGUUAUAUGAAACUGCCUCCUGGUUUUGUGCUGGACCAUAGACUGCAUAUAAAGAUGGCUGACGCGUCUCCACUUCCUCCCUCUGUACAAAAACUAAGCCAAAGUAUCCCAGAUGCAAAUUUGCUAAUCCUACUAUGGCGAAGGCGUGACCCAUCCUGCUCAGCCUCUAAUUGGUUUAGCCUGACAAUGUUUCUCACAUAGCUGUCCCCAAGCAAGGUUUUCUUUAUGUCUCACGUACUGGAAGUGGUGGACUUUAAUGCAUAUUUAUUUUUAACUUAAGCAGAAUUGUCGGCAGUUUUGUGUUUACAUGGCUCAUGCUGUUCACUCACUCACUCAAGAAUAAAUUAUUGUUUAUAACCA